AUGAACAGGAAGAUGCAGUUCCCGCCGGAGCUCAUCGGCGCCAUCCGGGAAGGGAAAGUGGAGCUGGUGUGCGUCCUGCUCAAGACCGGCGACGGCAUCGUCCGCCAGCUGGACGACUCUGAAGAUCGCCUGUGGAGGGAGGCCCUCAACCUGUCCAUCCGCCUGGCCAGCGAGGGCGUCACGGAUGCCCUCCUCCAGGGGGUCAAGUUCGACUUCCGUCAGAUUCACGAGGCCCUGCUCGUCGCCGUGGACACCAACCAGCCGCGAGUGGUCAAGCUCCUGCUGGACCGCCUGGAUCAGGAGAAAGGGAACAAGAUGGAUGUCCGCUCCUUCUCUCAAGCCAUCUUUGACCGCUCCGUUGACAACUCGCAGUUCGCCCCUGGCGUGACCCCGCUGACCCUGGCGUGCCAGAAAGAUCUUUACGACAUCGUCACCGUGCUGACCCAAAAGGGUCACGUCAUCCCGUGGCCGCACGAGAUCUCCUGCGCCUGUCUGGAAUGUCGCAACGGGCGUCAGUACGACCUGCUCAAGUUCUCCUUGUCCCGCAUCAACACCUACCGCGGCAUGGCCAGCCGCGCCUACCUCUCCGUCACUUCUGACGACGCCAUGCUCAGCGCCUUCAGUCUCAGCAGCGAGCUCCGCAAACUCUCUCGGAAGGAGCCGGAGUUUAAGCCUCAGUACCUGAGCUUGGAAGAGCUUUGUCAAGAGUUUGCCGUGGAGUUGCUGGGCAUGUGCCGCAACCAGAGCGAGGUGAGCACCAUCCUCAACAGCUGCGGAGACGAGAGCCGGGACGCCUUGGACGAGCAGGCCUUCGAGGAGGGCAUCCCCGACCUGUCAAGACUGCGCCUCGCCGUCAACUACAACCAGAAGCAGUUUGUCGCCCACCCCAUCUGCCAGCAAGUGCUGUCUUCAAUCUGGUGCGGCAACCUGGCGGGCUGGAGAGGCAGCACGACAGCUUGGAAACUCUUUGUCUCUGUUGGGAUCUUUUUCACCAUGCCCCUCCUUUGCCUCGCCUACUGGAUCGCACCAAAGUCAAAGGUGGGAAAGAUCCUGAGGACCCCUGUGAUCAAGUUCCUUCUUCACUCUGCCUCCUAUCUAUGGUUCCUCAUCACAUUGCUGGGCGAAUCCAUCACCAUGGAGAUAUAUCGGAAUACGUUUGCUUCCAGGCAGCAGAACAUCUUGCACAGCUCCUUCCACAUGGUGUGGGUGGUCGGGUUCUUCUGGUACGAGUGCAAGGAAGUGUGGAUCGAAGGCCUGAGGAGUUACUUCCUGGACUGGUGGAACUGCUUGGACAUGAUGGUGCUCAGCAUGUACUUGGCCUCCUUCGCCUUACGCGUGCUCAUCACGCUCAAGGCUCAAUUCCUUUGUCUUGACACGAAUGGCACGGAGGAGUGUGUCUACUUCACGCAGACUGUACGUGACGACUGGCAUCAGGAGGAUCCUCAGCUGAUUGCAGAGGUUCUGUUCGCAGUGACGAGCAUGAUGAGCUUCACAAGGCUUGCCUACAUCCUCCCCGCUCACGAGUCCCUGGGAACGCUCCAGAUCUCCAUCGGGAAGAUGAUCGAUGACAUGAUGAGGUUCAUGUUCAUAUUGAUGAUCAUUGGAACGGCCUUCCUAUGCGGCAUCAACAACGUUUACGUCCCUUAUGUCAUCUCGCCACAUCUUGGCAGGUUUAAUGAGACGUUCCACUUCCUGUUCUGGACCAUGUUCGGCGUGGCCAACCAGGACUACGUGGACAUGCCGCAGUUCGUGUUGGCGGAAUUUGUCGGACGGGUUCUGUACGGCAUCUUCACGCUCGUCAUCGUCAUUGUUUUGCUCAACAUGCUCAUUGCUAUGAUCACCAACUCCUUUCAGAAAAUUGAGGACGAUGCAGAUGUGGAGUGGAAGUUUGCCAGGUCGAAGCUGUAUCUCAGUUACUUCAGAGAAGGCCUGACCAUGCCGGUCCCCUUCAACAUCAUCCCCUCCCCUAAAGCUUUCUUCUACAUCUUAAGGGGCACCUUUAGGCGUAUCUGCUGUUGCGUUAAUUGUAAUUCUGCAAAGUACCCACCAAUAGCUUCAUUGUCAAAGAAAAAGGGCUCGCAGGACAGCCGGGUACCGUACCGGCAGCAGGUGAUCAGAGCUCUGGUGCAGCGAUACAUCGAAUCGGCUCGCAGGGAGUUUGAAGAGACCAAGAGAAAAGAUAUUGGUAAUCGCAUCACAGAGCUGAGCAAAGCCAUGGCGAGGAUGCACAAUGACCUGAAAGUGGUCCAUCAGCGUUCGGCCGACGAGGGGCACCCUGCGGCCGCUGCGCCGUCCGAGGACGCCUCCUCUUUCCUGGGCAAAUAUAUCUUCGGCGCCAGGAACAAUUUCAGAGGCUUUAACAGCCAUCCGGAUGACAAAUUGGCGUCGCACGACGUAACGGUGCACCACCGAGGGGACGAAGAAGAUGAAGUAAAAAGCCACGUGGAAGAAAAGGAGCCGGACGUGCAUCACGAGGGCGAACGUGGGGAGGCGAGGUCAAGGCUGGCGUCGCGCAGUGAUGUGCUGAAGAUGGAGGAGGGCAGAGUUCAGCUGGAUAAAGACUCUGACGGUCAAUCCAAAGAGGAGCUCACAGCGGGAGCACUUUUCAAUACAGAAGAAGGAGAAGAAAAGCUUGCCGAUACUGCGCCUUACAAAGGAGUUAAAACAGGAAGCAAUGAGGAGGCUGACGCAGAGAACGCGUUUCAAGAUAUAGAGCUGCAAGAAAAAAAUGUGGCGGCCCGAUGGAUGGAAGGGCCGCAGUUUGAGCCCAAUAUCCACGAGGGCUGUGAUGGGGGUGAAAAUCCCGUGAGCCAGACAACCAUACCUUCGCCCUACGGUAGCAGCAGCUCCAGGGACACGGGAUUCGGUUCCCGAGAGGGCGAGGCCGCCGUUGAUGAGACUGCAACCCGAAAGUAGCGGAGAAAGAUGUUGGUCUCGUAGCGUCACAAUUCAAAUGCAUUCAGUCACAUUUCUCACUGUCUCCUCAUUUCAUCAACACGGCUACGGUGUCUGCCCGCAAUGCCGAAGUUUACCAGCGCAGGUGUGAGCUCGCAUCGCAUAUUGCGCUCCCGCGAGGUCGCCUUCAUUAAUUCAUCACCUGAAGCGUUUCCCCACGGCACUUUGCAUCACAAGCUCCUCCACUGGAAAAACCUGCCGCUGUGGAAGCUCCUGGCGCCCGCUAACUAUAGCGACCGCACGACUGCGAUGGUUUUGGCGUUGUUUAUUUGUAGCUGUCGUGAGACAGACUUUAAACUGCUUUCAGCUUCUGCAGUUACACGUCACGAACAUAACUUUUUUUUCUCCCACAAUAACACUGCGCACUAUUCCUGUAUGUCAUUACAUAAACCAUCAAACCUGACUGUUUGUUUACAAUGCUGCGGCAUACGAUGUUUUCUUCCCACUGAUUUGAAUUUAGUAUGUUGAAUAUGUCGCAAGUUUAUUUAGCUACACUCCGCAGCUCUACACCACUGCAUAUUACAGUACGAGUACAAUAAAAACAACAACAAAUUGUAACAAUCAGAACAAUGUUUUCUGUAAAUGAUAUUUGAAUGGUCCUGCAUUGGAUAUCAUUCGAUUGUGCAGAUGCAUCUAAUAAA